UACAGCUUUACAUUCAACUUCCACAACCUUAACCUACCGAUCGAUCCUCACCCUCGCCGGCAAUAGUAGAGAGCUCCUCCUAUUGCAAAUAACCAAUUAAUCAAUAUGGGCGCCCCCGAAGUACACCACCUCUUCCACCAUCCCAUUGCGGACCAUUCCUUCUCUGCCGACCGCCAGACCCUCGCUGUAGCCCGCGAGAACAAUGUCGAUUUGUACGAGCGCUCCGGCGGCAAGUUCGAAUUGAAGGAUGAGCUCACCGGCCAUGACAAGACCGUAACCGGUGUUGACAUUGCCCCCAAUACCGGCAAGAUUGUGACUUGUUCUCAAGACCGCAAUGCCUACGUAUGGGAACCGUCGCCCGAGGGCUGGAAGCCAACACUCGUCCUCCUCCGCAUCAACCGCGCAGCCACCUGCGUCCGCUGGGCCCCGUCCGAGACCAAGUUCGCCGUGGGUUCUGGAGCCCGCCUGGUCCCCGUGUGCUACUUCGAAGAGGAGGACAACUGGUGGGUGUCCAAGCACAUCAAGAAGCCCAUUCGCAGCACGAUUACGGCAGUCGCCUGGCACCCGAACUCCGUCCUCCUCGCGGCAGGUUCGACCGACGGCCACGCCCGCGUGCUCUCCAGCUUCAUCAAAGGCGUAGACGCGCGGCCGGAGCCCUCGGCCUGGGGAGAGCGACUCCCAUUCAACACCGUGUGCGGCGAGUUCCUCAACAACACCGCAGGCUGGGUCCACAGCGUCGCCUUCUCCCCCUCCGGCAACGCCCUCGCGUUCGCCGCCCACGACAGCAGCCUCACGGUCGUGUACCCCAGCGGGCCCGAGCAGCCCCCCCGCGCCGUCGUCAGCAUCACCACGCAACUCCUCCCCUUCAUGUCGCUCGUCUGGAGCAGCGAAGACGAGAUCAUCGCGGCCGGCUACAACUGCGAAGCCUACCGCCUCAAGGGCUCCGAGCAAGGCUGGCAGCUCUCCGGCUCCCUCGAGUCCAAGGGCCGCCCGGGCAUCGAGCAGAGGGAGGAAUCCGCACUCAACAUGUUCAGGCAGAUGGACCUCAAGGGAAAGACCAACAGCGACGACACGAAGCUCAAGACCGUCCACCAGAACACCAUCAGCACCAUCCGCAGCUUCCAGGACGACGGCGCCGGAAACGUCAGCCAGAUCAGCUCUACCGGCGUCGAUGGCCGCGUUGUUAUCUGGACUUUGUAGAUCUAGCGUCGUCGCGUAGAUUAUGUGCAUGCUACUGAUAAAUAUCGAAGAAUAAUUUAUGCAUCUUUGAAUCAUUGGUUCAUUUGAUUGUUGACUUCAAGGCGGUACUCAUUAUCAUCAAAGAUACACAUACAUAUCUCAAACCAAUCAAGUAUUUUCACACUGACACGUAUAUCAAUCUAAACCCAAAUUCAAUCUAACACAUCUUAUUCCGUAAGAAUAACAAAG